GGUAUGUAUGCAAAUAACUGUUUUUUAUUGUAGAAUAUGUCAUGUCUAAUUGAUUUCUGAGAAAAAAAAAAAACUUGUGAGGAUGGCCUUAUCCUUCCCCUCCAUUUUCUUCCUGGACCGAAACGCAGCCAUUACCGAACUGGACAUCUUCUAAUGGAAGCUUUUCACUGCUUCCUGCCCAUUAGAAAACCCCCAAACCUUCUGUCCGCCCCAGCAACUAGCCUCUUCCGCCCGCCCAAAUCUAGGGCUUCAAAAAUUGCGCGCAUCUUGAUCCCUAACUUGGCCGACGAAAGAGCCAAGUUGAACUCCGUCGACGCCAAGGCCAGCGUAUCGGCGGCUUCUUCUUCCGAAGGAAAACCCGUGCAAUCCGAGCCUCACAUUCGCUUCCGUCCAAGAGAAGGAGAGGGAACCGAGAGGACUAGAAUUGAGGAGGAGCUACGGGAGGCGGCGGAGAAAAGCCUGGAGUGGCGUUCAGUAUGUUCGCAGAUGGCUGCUUUUUCUCGGACGGCCGCCGGACGCGAGUUUUGCCGGAGCGGGAGGCUGCGGAUCGGCGGGGACAGAGUUGAGAGCCAGAAGCUCUUGGAUCAAACGGCGGCAGCGGUACUGCUACCGGAGAAGUUGGACUUCUCCGAUUUUGAUGAUGUGACUGAACUUGUGAGGUCGGCUGUUCAUGGAGAGCUUCUGACUGUUCGGGAGAUAUGUGCUGUUGGGAGGAGCCUGACGUCUGCAAGACGGAUUAUGGGGCAAUUGCUGCGGGUUUCAUCAGUCGGGACGUCUUCUGAUGGGUACUUUCCUCUUGUUGAUAUACUUCAAAACUGUGAUUUUCUGACAGAACUAGUGAACAAGAUGUCAUUUUGCAUUGAUUGUAAUCUCUUUGUAAUUUUGGACCGGGCUAGCACAAGCUUAGCUACCAUCAGAUCAGAAAGGAAACAGAACAUUGAUAAGCUGGAAGAGCUUCUAAAGAUGGAGUCCAUUAAAGUUUUUCAGGCAGGUGCUAUUGAUAGCCCGUUGGUGACCAAGCGACGAAACAGGAUGUGUGUUGGUGUGAAGGCUUCACACAAAUCAUUGCUUCCUAAUGGUGUUGUAUUGAGUGUGAGUAGCUCUGGAGCAACAUACUUUAUGGAACCAGAAGCUGCAGUUCGACUGAACAAUGCUGAAGUAGAGUUUUUGAACUCGGAGAAAGCUGAAGAGAUUGCUAUUAUGCGAAUCUUCACUUCGGAAAUAGCAGAGUCAGAAGCCAAAAUCAGGCAUUUAAUGGAUAAAAUUCCGGAACUAGAUCUUGCUUGUGCUAGAGGUGCGUAUGCCUUAUGGAUGGAUGGGGUGUGCCCAGCUUUAGUUGAGGACAAUAACACGGAAAAAUCAAAUGACGAUAUACUCUCUGUUGAUAUCGAAGGCAUUUAUCAUCCUUUGCUUCUCGAACCGUUUCUUAUAUGUUCAUCUUCUACCUUGUCUUCAUCAGUUGGGAGCCAAAAGAUGGAAAAUGGAGUAUCAGAAACCAGGACUAAAUCUCCCGUUCCCAUAGAUAUCAAAAUAAGACUUUCCAAAAAGGUGGUUGUGAUUUCAGGACCAAAUACUGGAGGAAAAACUGCAACCUUGAAGACCUUGGGCUUGGCAUCCCUAAUGUCGAAAGCAGGCAUGUUUCUUCCAGCAAAGAAAAAACCUAGGAUUCCAUGGUUUGAUCAGAUUCUUACAGAUAUUGGUGACCACCAGUCACUGGAGCAUAACCUUUCUACCUUCAGCGGGCAUAUCUCACGUAUCUGCAAAAUAAUACAAGUUACUACGAAAGAAUCACUUGUUCUCAUAGAUGAGAUUGGGAGCGGUACUGAUCCUUCUGAAGGUGUAGCCCUUUCAUCCAGCAUACUGCAGCACCUUGCUGAUUAUGUCAAUCUAUUGGUGGUGACUACCCAUUAUGCAGAUUUAAGCCUCCUCAAAGCCUCUGAUUCUAGAUUUGAAAAUGCAGCAAUGGAGUUUUGCAUGGCAACCCUGCAACCUACAUAUAACAUUUUGUGGGGAUGUACCGGUAACUCCAAUGCCUUGAGUAUAGCUAAGUCGAUUGGUUUUGAUCAGAAAGUGCUGGAUCGUGCUCGAGAAUGGGCUAUGAAGUUAGCUCCUCACAAACAAACGGAAUGGCAGGGUUCACUUUACCAAUAUUUAGUGGAUGAGAGAAGUGUGUUGGAGUACCAAGCAAAAGAAGCUGCUUCUCUUCUUUUAGAUGUUAAAAAGCUUUACUUUGAGAUCCAAGCUGAGGCUCAAGACCUUCGCACACGCGAGAUGGCUCUUAAGGCAAAUGAAACCAGAAAUUUGCAGGAGGAGCUAAAAUUUGCAAGGUCUCAAAUGGAAGCGGUAAUCAAGAAUUUUGAAGAUCUGCUCCAGAGUGCAAACCCAGACCAAUUCAAUUCAAUUCUGAGAAAAUCAGAGUCUAAAAUUGCUUCCAUUGCUGCAGCUUAUCAGCGAACAAUUAACAAUACAUCUGAAGAAGAAAAGAGCAAUAGCACAUAUACUCCAAAAAUUGGUGAAAGAGUUUCUAUUAAGGGAUUUGGUGAUAAAGUGGCUACUGUCAUUGAAGCGCCAACAGAGGAUGGCACUGCCGUGGUACAAUGUGGAAAAAUAAAAGUUCGUGUGAAAAAAAAUGACAUGAGACCAGUCGAAACAAGUAUAAAGAAUAGGACAACUAGUUCAGGCUUUCCAUUAAUAGAGCAGGAACAAAAGCAGCAUUUCAGACAAGAAUACCUAAAGGAUGAACAGAAAGAUAGCGAGGUCUCUUUUGGGCCGGCAGUACGUACAUCGAAGAACACAGUGGAUUUGCACGGCAUGAGAAUCGACGAUGCUUCACAUACCCUUCAGAUCGCCAUUGGAGGAUGUAAAUCGAACUCCGUUCUCUUCAUCAUUCAUGGGAUGGGUACAGGCGCUGUUAAGGAUCGCGCGCAUCGCAUUCUUCGAGAUCAUCCUCGCGUGGUUAAAUUUGAAGAAGAAAGCCCGAUGAACCAUGGAUGCACGCUCGCUUACAUCAGGUAGAAACUGUUCGGAAUUUUGAUUGCUCAUCCUUUUCCGUCAGAUCUCCAAAUAGAUUAUUUCUGGCAGGUGGUGAGGGUUUUUAUUGCGAUGAUGUAAGAGAAGAUUUGAAGGACUUGUGAUCUUAUAACAUUCAAUAAAAAAAAAAGUAAUAGCGGGAGACAUCAGAAUUUCUUAUAUGAAAAAAAAGACUUGAAAAAGGAAAAAAUCUUGGGAUAAUCAGGUGUACAAAUGUUAGAAUGGAUGGGAUUAUAAAAAUUGACAAUCACACUUUUAAAAUUAUAGUUUGACUAUAAUAUCGAUGAUUGGGCUAUAUUGAGAAGGAAGAUUUGAACGAAAUGAGGACGUAGGCGAGGGUUUCGAGCUGAGAGGGGUAGUCAUGCCGGGAAGCCGCGUCGAAGUCGUCAGUUGCCGGCCGUAACUGAAGGCCUUCAUUCGUAAAUUUAAUUUUUUAGGGCAUUUACAUGUAAUAAGUAUUAUUUGAGGACUUCCACUAUAAAAU